CUUCAAAAACUGCAGCCAUUCAGCUAAGAAAUAAAAUCCCAGUCUCCUCGUUCGAAUCUCACCGACCUCGGCGAGUGUUGAGGGUUUUCCUUUUUAUUUUUGUUGAUUCGUUGUUGAGAUUUUUAUCGUGAAGAUUUUCGCAUGGAGUCGAUUGGUUGUAGUUUCACUUCCUUAUCGCUUCCGCAAUUUAGGGCCAAUAGUUUUUCGAUUCAGGAGCUGUUGUUUGGUCCUCGUCGGAGGCCUCCAUCGCCGAUUGUUCAUGCAUCGGUUUCUCAGAGCUUUCCGGCGUCUUCUCGCUUUCCGGAGCAGCGGAAAUCUACUUCUCUUUCCGCUAGCGGCACCUUGAUGGCCAAUUCCGCGCCGUCGAGAAGUGGUGUAUACACAGUUGGUGACUUCAUGACUAGGAGAGAGGAGUUGCAUGUCGUAAAGCCCACAACCAGUGUCGAUGAAGCAUUAGAAAUUCUGGUGGAAAAAAGGAUCACGGGAUUUCCAGUAAUUGAUGACAAUUGGAACUUGGUUGGCGUAGUUUCAGACUAUGACUUGUUAGCGCUAGACUCCAUCUCAGGUGGUGGAAGGACAGAUCCAAGUAUGUUUCCUGAAGUUGACAGCUCCUGGAAAACAUUCAAUGAGGUACAAAGGCUCCUCAGCAAAACGAACGGAAAGGUGAUCGGCGAUUUGAUGACACCGGCACCUCUUGUCGUUCGAGAAACCACCAAUCUUGAGGAUGCUGCUAGAUUAUUGCUUAAGACAAAGUAUCGCCGGCUACCAGUGGUAGAUGCCAAGGGAAAGCUGGUUGGAAUUAUUACAAGAGGCAAUGUGGUAAGAGCUGCUCUACAAAUGAAGCAUGCCCAAGAAAACUGAACAUCAUUUUCUCAAAUCUUGCAUGCUGUUAGGUUAGCACACAGGAUUCUGAAGUGCAAUCAUACAGUUUUGGCUCAUGAUUAUAUGAACAUCAUCAUGAUUAUAUUGUGUUGUAGUUGGUGAUUUGAGCAAGCUGUAGAAGUUGGGAAUUAGGUAUUAGACCAGACUUUUAAAGUGUCAAAUAGGCAUCAGGCUAUUCAAUGUUUGUAUUUUUCUAGUACUUUUAAUGCUCAAGCUUGAAAUUAAAUCUUUGUAUUUAAUACAAAAUUAAAAUUCUAAACAUUUAUUGCUUUGGGUAUGAA